AUGGUCAGAGAUCGCCGCUCGUCCAGAGUGGACGACACUCUAAUUGUUUCGAUUGACCUUGGAAGCACUUACUCAGGUUCUGCAAUCACUUACUCUGGCAAGCCUGAGCCUCCGGAGCAGCUGCAGUCUAUUNNGCAGGGUAUAUGGACGGGAGGAGACAAUUGCGAGAAAGUCCCUACUCUGCUUCGCUAUGAGAUUUCCGCUGAGAACACUCCUCAACCCAAACGAUCACGCAACAGACGCGCUGGUAGUGAUGAGAGCGCUCUNUUUAUCAGUCAGGUGCAUGCUGAGGUCGCCGAGUGGGGCUUCGAAGUCGAUCAGGACCAAGAGCACAUCCAGUUUGUCAAGCUUUUGCUUGACCCAAGCCAGCAACUUCCUGAGUAUGUCUCGCGCACAGAGCUUGAGGCUCGCUUGAAGAGAGCCCACAAGACUGCUGUCCAAGCAGCUGCAGACUACCUUAUCAACCUGAAACAGCAUGUCUUGGAGCACAUCGAGACACGCUUUGGAGAAAACUUGUUCGGUGACACAAGAAUCGAGUUCGUUCUUACAGUCCCAGCUGUCUGGUCGGAUGCGGCCAAGGACGCUACCAUGAAGGCUGCAGAAUUGGCUGGCAUGAACGAAGACGACAACUUGUCUAUGAUCACUGAACCUGAAGCUGCUGCUCUUUGCGCUCUGAAGACUGUUGCAGGCGUCAACGUCAACAGAAAGGAUGUCUGGAUCGUCUGCGAUGCAGGUGGAGGUACCGUGGACCUCAUCUCAUACGAGGUCAAGUCACUUUCUCCGUUCGUGAUCGAAGAGGCUGUUCCAGGCAACGGUGAUGUUUGUGGAAGCGGUCUGAUCAACAUGCGCUUCCAAGCAUAUGUGAAGUCCAGAAUGGGUACUCAAGCUCUCGAGAGAUACAUCGAAAGAAACGACCGAGCCUGGGCCCAAUGCUUGAAGCAUUUCGAAGACCGCACCAAGAGAGACUUUGACCCCGAAAAAUGGCCUCGCAAGGUCUAUCCCAUUCCUUUGUGGAAUGCUCCUGAUGAGCCUGACGCCGACAUCGAAGACAACCGUAUCAAUUUGUCUACCAUGGACCUGACCGAGAUCUUCCGUCCCAUCGUUCAAUCUUCUUUGAAGCUGAUCCAUGACCAGUACGAAGCCUUGUUAGAAAAGGACAAGCAACCCAGGGGCCUCAUUCUUGUCGGUGGUUUCGGAGUUUCCAAACAUCUGAUGCAAACCAUCAAGAACCACUUUUCGGCAGUUGCGCCUGGAUUCGAGGUCAUCAGACCCAACCACGCCUGGUCAGCUGUUGCUAUUGGUGCCGUCCUCCAUCGUCUCGAAGGUGCUUCGAUGGUCAAGAGCCGCAUUGCCAGAAGUCACUAUGGCGUUCUGACCCGUACGUAUUGGAAGGCGGGAAAGCACAGCGAAGAAUCCAAGGUUUGGGACCCCGUUGAGGAGACCUGGUACGCCGACGAUGUGAUCCAAUGGUAUGUCACAAAGGGCCAGUCGAUGGUUUCUGGAAACUACAUUCCCAUGCCUUUCUUCAUUACCAGUCGGGAGCCUACUGAGAGCGAGAUCAUCACCAUGAUCAUCAGUGAUGAAGAUGAAGAGCCCCUCGAGUUCAAUCCCACGGAGAAGACUCGCAGGCUUUGCGCUAUCACUGCUGAUCUGAGUGAUGUACCUCGCAACAAAUGGAAAUCUCGCGGACGUGGAAAGAAGAAGUAUGUGUUCCUCGAGCACAGCGUGGGCUUUACCUUUGGCCCGGGCGGCCUGCUCUUCGACGCCAGAGUUGGCCAGGAGGUUGUUGGCACUGCUAGAGCCGACUACGAGCAGUAG